AUGUUGAUGGGCGAAGGAAAGACGACAAUGAUUACACCCUUGGUCGUGCUACUGCUGGCAGAUGGGCAGAGGCUGGUUUGUGCUUGUAUGCCUUCGGCACUCCUGGGCAUGUCACGGGCUGUGCUCGCAGAGCGAUUUUCGUCGCCGGUGCUGCCGAGGGCCGUGCUCACCUUCGACUUCCAUCGCCAGGUGGUCGCAACUCCUGGCUUGCUCGCGAAGAUCAAUGCUGCGCGACGGGGGCGGGCGCCAGUGAUUGCUGCUCCGACAUCUGUCAAGAGCGUGCUUCUUCGGCGAAUCGAGCUGCUGUUGGAGUUGUUUCACCUGCGGACUUCUCGCCUUCAGCAGCCUGCCGACACAGAUACGCAGGGCUCCUGGCUUCGCCUCCCUUCCUGGCUCUCCGUGGCAUCGAACCCAGAGGACGACCCGAUGGAAUGUGCCCAACUGUCUGCGCAGGAAAAGAGUAAGGCGGACGAGGUGCGUGUGUGCGGUGAGGUGCUGGAUCUCUUCCACCGAGGCGUGAUGCUGCUGGACGAGGUUGACAUGCUGCUGGACCCCCUCCGGAGUGAGCUCAACUGGCCGCUUGGCCGACGACUGCCCCUGGACAUGACAAGCUCAGCGGCGCGUGGAAGGCACGGGUUUCGCUACACCCUGCCUUUCGACUUGCUUGAUGCUGUUUUUGCAGCAGCUACCGGCUGUGCAGAGAUUGCGCCGUCGACGAGGCGCGACGCGCAAGUCGCCCUGGGAGCCUUGGCGCAGAAGGUCAAGCAGGGCCGGAAGACUCUGAAGGUGCAGGUGGCUCCCCACUUUGUCCUUCUCUCCCGUGACUUUUACCUCAAGGAGAUGCUGCCCCAUUUGGCUGAUUGGGCCGCCCUGUUCGUGGACGAGCACCUAGAGGGCGCGUUGCUGCUGCCGGACCUCCGCACCCUCCUGCGCCAGGGCCGCCCCGAGGCCCACGCGCAGCAGAUCUUGCUCAGCAUGCCCUCGCCUGCGCGGCAGGUCCUGAAUCUUGCUCUCUCCUGGCUGCAUGAGCUCCUGCCGUAUCUCCUGAGCAAGAUCCACAGGGUGACGUACGGGCUUCUGACAGGUAAUGCAUUGGAGACGGCCUUGGGUGAUGCGCGUGCCCCACUGAGCCGGAAGCUCUUGGCGGUACCCUUCGUCGGGAAGGAUACUCCGAGCGUUUCUUCGGAAUUUUCGCAUCCGGACGUGACAAUCGGCUUCACCAUUCUGGCUUACCGCUUGAAUGGGCUUCGAGAGCGAGAUGUUCGGACACUUCUGAAGGUAUUGCUUGAUGAGAUGAGGGCCGAAGGCGCAGUGCACUUCCACCGCCGAGCAGCAUGUCAGGCCUACGUUGCAAUGAUCGUACGCGCGGGUGGCAAAGUGCGUGGGUUCACCGAGGACGGCCGAUGGGUCGGGGAUCUGAAAGAUGACGCGCAUCGCCGGCGGGUGGGUUCUUUCACAAAGUCGUCCCAUCCUGGCAUCAACUCAGGCGUCACCGAAGACGCGGUGGAUAGGCGACGGAAUGUGUGGCCAUUGGAGCUGUUGGACAUCAACGACCCAGAGCAAGUCCAGUUGGUGUACGAUGUCUUGCGAUACUCGCCCACCGCUGUCCGUCAUUUGCUGGAGCACCAUGUGUUUGUCGCUGGAACCUUGGAUCGCAACGAGACCCAACUUACUGCCUGUGGCCAGGAGCUGGCGGGGCCACAGCUCUUCCAGCAAUGCCUGGGUUUCAGCGGCACGCCAAACGAUUUGCUGCCAAAAUCCAUGGGGCGGUGCAUCUACGCAGAGGGAGAUGAUGGGAAAGUCCUUCAGGUCCUCAGUUCUACACAAAAUGUCUCAGUCGUCGAGCUUGGACGCUGGAGUCCUACACAAAUCCUGGACAUCGUCGCCAAAACCCGCAGCACCCGCGGGAAUAGGCCGAGGUACCAUGCGUUGAUCGACUCUGGCGCUUUAGUCACAGGGAUGACGAACAGAGAAGUUGCAGAGUACCUCCUGGAAAAUGGGCUUGAGGGUCUCGAUGGUGUGCUUUUCCUGGACGAGCGCGAUGAGCGGGUCGUGUUGGAACGUGACAGCCGCCGGGUUGUCGAGUUAGUGUCCAAAGCCACUUUCGCCAAGUCCAAGGCAGUGGAUCUGGUCAAUGCCUGCCGCCACAUGAUUGACUUUCUGCGGGAGGUUGACCGGUAUCCCUGCCUGUACGUAAACGAACAGGUGCUUCGGGAGGCCAUCCAACGCUACGAAAACGUUUGGCUGCCCCUUCUGGCCAACAAUGGCAAUGGCUCCAACCCUCUCCUGGUUCCGCCUAUCGAUGUCGAGUGGGUGUGGCACUGCCAUAUGCUUUGCCCCAGGGCGUACCGAGAGGAUGUCGCAGCCAUCACGGGCCUUUCGGAGCCGCCCGACCACCGCUUGGUACCGCGCGUUGGGAAGGAGUUCGCAUCCGCCCGAUCCCGCGCCAUCUCUCUUUGGGACAAGGACAGGGGCGGCGACUACGACAUCACGCAGGGCCUGCAAAAUGCACCGCUGCUGGCAGGUUACGAGGGCAAUGCCGCACAGAAGAGCAAGUAUGACAUCGUGGCAGCGUGUGAGAGGCAAAUGGCCUUUCACUACCAGGUGGCGGUGAUGCCUCAUUAUCGGGACCGCUAUUACUUGGAGCUCGCUGUCGAGAGAUACUUGGACAAGUUCCUUGAGCUGAAGCGGCGGCGGCCAAAUGAUUUCUGGGUGCCAACCUACGACAUCGACUGCGCGUGGCAUGCUCACCAGUUGCAUCCAAGGUGCUACUACGAGGAGACCACACGACUGUGUGGUGCCAUGCUGCCGCAUGACGAUAGUGUCAAUGACCGCUCCGAGGGCUCUCGUCUCAACAGCCGUUGGGAGGAAACGAAGAGCGCGUGGAUGCAGGAGUUUCACGACGGUGGCCCAGCAACGGCUGGCGGGAUGUACCGAGGUCUCGUGACCAUCGAAGAGAGGCAGUACCGAGAUCGACAAUGGAGCUUGCUUCGACAAUCUCUAGCUCCAGAGAGCCGACAAGGUGAACAGGCCGCUGCCCAGAUACCACAGACGGUUUCCCUCGAAGCGCCAUGGCCCGCCAGAGGUGGACCAGAGGCAAGAGUUCCUUGGGUGCAUCGCAAGGACGCUCAGAGCCCGCAGCUCUCCGGCCUAAAGCGCUUCUCGAAGCUUGGCAGCCUGCAAGCACAGGUCGUCCAUGGGCGCGCUGGAGAAAGGUACCUCAGCUAUCUGGAGGUGGUUGCAGACCCUGAGACGCCUGUGCCCCUCGUGACUGCACAUUCUGCAGAGGACCAACUGCCAGGUGCAGGGCAACUCAGCUACGGAUCCAAAUGUGCCUCAAUGAAGCCCACGCAAAUGGCGUACCUUCUUCGUGUGGCCGGUGAGGAUGUGGCAGUGGUUGUGGGCGAAUGGGUGGGCUUCAAGCUGCCCGUGCGCGGCGUUCCUGGAAGGCCUGGGCAAGCUGGAGACCGCUCUGUUGGUCGACGAGGCACUCCGGGCACGCGAGGCAUCAAGGGAAAGCAGGGGAAGGCUGGCCACCUCCAGAUCACUAUCUUCGCACUCCGGACCGGCACCGAAUGCAAGGUCAAGGCCACUUACUUCAAGCCAACCUCUCCCGCUCAGUACUCUAUUGGGCUCGCAGACCUCGGCAUACCGGGCUGCACAGACACGAUGCAGGUAGAUCUGGGCACCGCCCGCAUCUCCGGCCACUCGAGCACCCUCUCCAUGGCAGUGGCUUAUGGAGUGGGCAUGUCCAUCGCUUCUCUGCAUGUGACCUUGCAGCCGCGAAUGAAGCCCUUGCAGACCAGCGGGGCUGUGAUGAGUGUGGCUCCGGGCUCCAAGCUGAAGCCGCCUGAGGACGGCGCAUCCCUGUAUCCACCGUGGACUGUGGAGCAGCGCAAGUAUCCGAUCCUCAUCGCAGCUGGAGGAGAGCUCAGCCCUGCUGAGACCGUUGUCGGGGUUCCUCUUCGUGGGGAUGACACGCAGGCUGAAAGGGAUGCGUACGAGGACGAUGGCUUCCUCUUCUGGGGUGCCGGGAUGCUUUACGUCUGGGAUGGCGGCUAUGCAGGAAACCAGGCCGAUUUCGCGGUCCACGGCCUGUCUGGAGGCUGCGGAGGCUGCGGUGGUUGUGGCGGCUGUGGUGGUUGUGGUGGCUGUGGCGGCUGUGGAGGCUGA